AUGAGCAGCACCAACUGGAAAGACCGCGUCAAGGCCAAGCGUGCAGAGUUAUUGAAAAUAUACAAACCCUACCUGAUCACACGCGAAACGUUCAAAAAAGCACUCCUACUCACGGACAUCUCGAAUAUCUUCAACGAGGGUGGUAUAGCGUAUGGGUUUCUCACGGCCCGUGAGAAGAUGAUGACGGAGGAGCCUGAUGCAGUGGUUGUGCUGGAUAUGUUGCGGCGUGGAGAGUGGAGCUGCACAGAGCUGGUGACGGCGUACAUUAAGCGAUCUACAAUCAUUAGACAGCUCACAAACACACUGACCGAGCCCCUCUUCCCCUCCGCCCUCGCCCGCGCCGCAGAACUCGACGCCCUCCCCGCCGCCCACCGCGGGCCCCUCCACGGCCUGCCCAUAACCGUCAAAGACCAAUUCCAUGUCCCCGGCAGCGACACCACCAUCGGCUACGUCUCCUAUAUCGGCAACGCCUCCACGCUCCCACCCUCCGUCCUCACAGAGAUGUUCGCCUCCCUCGGCGCAAUCAUAUUCGCAAAGACCAAUGUCCCGCAGAGCAUAAUGUGGUGCGAGACCGAGAACAACAUCUUUGGCUGCACCUUCAACCCGCGCAACAUCGCGCUCACGCCGGGCGGGAGCUCGGGCGGCGAGGCGGCCAAUCUGUUCAUGUGUGGGGGCCUGGUGGGGUGGGGGACUGAUAUUGGCGGGAGUAUACGGAUCCCGAGCGCGCUGAUGGGCACGUACGGGUUGAAGCCUAGUAGCACAAGACUCCCGUAUCAGGGCGUGGUGGUGAGUACCGAAGGGCAGGAACACAUCCCCUCGGUAAUUGGCCCCAUGGCACGCACCAUAUCGUCGCUCAAGAUGAUCACAAAAGCGGUACUCGACGCCGAGCCAUGGAACCUCGACCCCAAAGUCGCCCCCAUCCCAUGGAGGGAGGACGUGUACCAGGACACGCUACAGCGAAAACUGGUGUUUGGCGUAUUACGGGACGACGGUGUGAUACGUGUGCAUCCACCCAUCAAGCGGGUGCUUGAGCACGCUGUGGCCUGUCUGCAAGCGGCAGGCCACGAAGUGGUGGAGUGGGCACCCGACGGCCACUUGGAGGCCAUGACGACCGCGGACCUAUUCUAUGCCGCCGAUGGCGGCGAAGAUAUCCGGCGUGCGCUUGAGGCUAGCGGCGAACCGCCCAUCGCGCAUGUUACUAAGCUCAUUAGCUGCGGCCCCGCCAUCUCCGUGUACGAGUACUGGCAGCUGAACAAGCGCAAAUGGGCGUGCCAGAAGGCCUACCUCGACAAAUGGAACGCCUCCUCAGCACUGUCGAGAAGUGGGAGGAUGGUGGAUCUGGUCUUGUCCCCGGUUAUGUCGCAUGUGGCGGUGCCGCAUGAAAGGUGCGGGCGGGUGGGGUAUACGAAGGUGUGGAAUGUGCUGGAUUAUACGGCGGGUGUUGUCCCUGCUGGCUUUGUGGAUAAAAUAAAGGAUCCCGUGCAGGAGUAUGAGGGUAGGAGCGAGUUGGAUAGGACUAAUUGGGAGAUGUAUGACCCGGAGCUGAUGCAUGGACAUCCCGUGGGACUGCAGGUUGUUGGGAGGAGGUUGCAGGAGGAGAAGGUUCUGGCGGGUAUGCAGGUGUUGGAGCAGGUUCUGGGAGGUAGUCACAUUGUGCAGGAGGAGGAGGAGGAGGAGGAGGCCGCGCCCCGUGAUUGA